UAUAAAAUACAGAAACAUAAUGAUAAUACAAAUAUUCUUUCUAAAUAAUAGGAACUACGUAUUUGAAGAUUCAAUGUGGACAAUCCAACUCGUCAUGGCAUUUACCUUCUUCAUAGGUACGCUUUGGUUUCUAGUGCAGCUAAUAAGUAAAAGGCUAUAACAACAAAGAGAACAGGGCUAUUCAUGAUGCCCCAGUUGCCUCCCGGACCUAAGGGCUUUCCAAUACUGGGUUACCUCCCAUAUCUUGGGUCAGACCUCCAUCAAAAUUUCAUGGAAUUGGCCCAAGUUUACGGCCCAAUCUAUAAGCUCUCCAUUGGAAGAAAACAGUGUGUUAUAAUAAGCUCUCCAUCUUUAGCCAAAGAGGUGUUACGAGACCAAGACAUUACCUUUGCCAAUAGGAACCCUAGCAUAGCUUCCUUGGCUUUCUCUUUCGGUGGUAAUGAUAUUGCAUUCGCCUCUUACGGUCCUCAGUGGCGCUUAUUAAGAAAAAUAUUUGUGCGAGAGAUGCUUAGCAAUGAAAAUCUCGAUGCCUUUUACCCACUUAGGAGAAAUGAGCUCAAGAAAAGUGUUAGAGAUGUGUAUAGCAAGGUUGACACGCCUGUAAACAUAAGUGAAUUAGCGUUUCUAACUGUGAUUAACAUGAUCACAAGCAUGUUUUGGGGUGGUUCACUGGAUGAUAAUGAAGAUGAUGAAACAUGUACUCUUAGGGCUGAGUUUCGAGCAGCGGUUUCGCAACUUGUUUCGCUUCUCGGGAAGCCCAAUAUUUCUGACUUCUUCCCAUUUCUUGCAUGGAUGGAUGUGCAAAGAGUAGAAAGGAACAUGAAGAAGGUGUCAAGAUGGCUCGAGCAGAUUUUUGAGUUUGUCAUAGCUCAGAAAAGAAAUUCAUGUGAAGUAAUUAGCAGUAAUAAGGAUUUUUUGCAAGUCCUCUUGGAUUUCAAAGAUCCUGACACUGGAAGAUCUAUUUCCACAACCGAGAUGAAGGCUAUGCUUAUGGAUAUAGUGAUUGGUGGGACAGACACUACUUCAACAAUGGUAGAGUGGACAAUGACAGAGCUCGUGAAACAUCCUGAAUCACUAAGAAAAUGUCAAGAAGAACUAUCUGAAGUGGUUGGAAACGAAAACAACGUUGAAGAGUCUCACCUAGCCAAUUUGAUUUAUCUCCACGCUGCUGUGAAAGAAACACUAAGGUUGCACCCAGCAGCACCACUUCUCUUGCCUCGCUCCCCCACCAAGUCUUCCAUUGUAGGAGGCUAUGUCAUUCCGAAGGGGACUAAGGUCUUCGUCAAUGCAUGGGCAAUCCACAGAGACCCUCAGUUUUGGGCCAGCCCAACAGAGUUUCGGCCCGAAAGGUUCUUGGAUGAGAGCAAGUUAGAUUACCAUGGGAACAAUCUCCAUUACAUUCCUUUUGGGGCUGGUAGGAGUAUAUGUGCUGGGCUUCCUCUUGGUGAGAAGAUGCUAAUGCAACUAUUAGCUAUGUUGUUGCAUUUAUUUGAGUGGAAAUUGCCGAGUGGUGCCAAGAUAGAUUCUCGAGAGAAACUUGGGGUUGUGUUGGAGAAAUCGACUCCCCUUGUUCUUGUUCCUAAGCCUAGAUUACCAAACAUAAACAUUUAUAAUUAGGUGUGU